AUGUCACCAUCCAUUGCCAUCUCUGCAUCAUCCCUUUUCAAGCGGGGAACUCUCAAUUGCGAUUCCAAGAUGAUACAAGCAGCAACGGAUUUCCUGUCGCGUCCAGCGAUUGCCGGCCCGCUCAUCGUCUUCCUCGCAUACACAAUUUACCAACUCUUUCUCAAACCAUCAAAUCUUCCAGAUCUACCCAUCAUCGGUGCCCGUAAAGGCGAUUGGUUCCCACUAUUCCAAGCCCGAAUCCGAAACUCUCUUGACGUCAAAGCUGUUCUCAACUCAUCAUACGCGCAAUACAAGAACCAAGCGACAAUUCUCCCACUUCUUGACGGUGGAAAUGUCAUCUUUUUACCACGAUCAGAUACGAAAUUUGCAAGCGAGCAACCCACCGAUGAGCUCAGUAUGCACAAGUCUGUCGAACAUGAUUUGCAGACCGACUGGACCACCAUGGAUCCAUCAUUGACCCACGACCCUAUCCAUCUGGACCUAGUGCUUACCAGACUUACCAAAGAGGUUGGCAAUCUCAUUCCUCAUCUAGCCGACGAGUUGGAGCAUGUUGUCGGUAAGCACUGGGGUACCAGUUCAGAUUGGACUGAGAUUUGUAUUUUCGAAAAGACGCAGCAGAUCACCAGUGCCAUGUCAAACCGUGCAUUUGUCGGAUUUCCUCUCUGUCGAAACGAAGAGAUGCUCGAUAUGGGUAUCGCUUUUGCUCAAGAUAUUCCGAUAUCGUCCAUGCUUCUCAAGCCCUUUCCCAACUUUCUCAAACCACUUGUCGCUCCGAUCAUAGCACUGCCGAACAGAAUCCACAACAAGAAGUUCGAACGUAUCCUCAAACCGGAAAUUCAAGCACGUCUUGCAGAGUAUGAUGCGCAGGCAACAGAAUCUGAGAAGCCUCCCAAGUCUAACCGGAACGACUAUCUACAGUGGCUAAUCGAACAAGCCAAGGACAUUGGCAAUCCUAAGAACUGGAAGGUUAGCGCGUUAUCAGAACGUGUCCUUUUGCUAAACUUCGCAUCCAUUCAUACAACCACCUUUUCUGUUACCCACGCUCUCCUCGACAUCGCCGCAUCACCCCCAGAGCUGAUCACCGAAUUGCGAGAUGAGAUCAGGAGCGUACUUCGACAACACGAUGGACAAUGGAACAAACGUGCCGUCGCACAGCUGGAAAAGCUUGAUUCCGCAAUUCGUGAAAGCCAACGCAAGAACUCCAUCGUCUCAGUCGCCGUCUCCCGUACCGUCGUAGCAGAAAAGGGUGUAACCUUUCCAUCAGGUACACACGUCGCCAAGGGCCACAGGAUAGCUGUUCCAGGGUACUCAGUUCUUCAAGACUCCGAGAUCUAUCCCGAGCCGAAAACGUUCAAGCCAUUGCGCUUUUAUGACGCACGAAAGGAUGAGAAGGAUGGAUAUGUGAAGAGUGCGCGCAAUGCAUUACCGACAACCUCGAAGGACUUUCUGGCAUGGGGUUUAGGUCGAAACGCAUGUCCUGGUAGGUUCUUUGCGUCAAAUGAGAUCAAGAUGAUGCUGGCAUAUAUGUUGUUGAAUUACGAUAUUGAGCAUUUGGAGAAGAGGCCACGCAACACUUGGAUUGUUCAGAACCGGAUCCCUCCUAUGAAAGCUACGUUGAAGAUAAGGAGGGUUUCCGAUCCAUAG